AUGCCUGAUAACGAACAAGCAGCAAGUAACAUUUCACAACCACCAUUUAAUCGUCAUCAAAUGGCAGCAGUUAUUACGGCUCCAGUCUUAAUGACUAAUAUAAUCUUAAUACUUUUAAUUUCUACACAAAGAAAGUUAAGAACACCAUCGAAUGCUAUCGUUUGCAAUAGCUGUAUAGCUUGUCUCGUAUUAGGAAUUAUUCAUAUUGUUAGUGCUGCUAUUUCUCUCAAUCAAAUAAGUCAAAUAGAAAAUAUUGCUUUAUUUUGCUUCUUUAAUGAAUCUACCGAACUAGCUUUAUCUGGUGUUGUCACAUUUCAUAUCACCAUUUUAGCUUUAGAACGUUUCUUUUCAGUAGUUUAUCCAUUUAAAUAUGAACGCCUUACCACAAAUAGGAAUAUUGCAAUCUUAUUAUUAUCUCUUUGGAUUAUUCCAAUUUGUGUUAUCUUCAUACCUGUGACGGUAACAUCGCUAAGUAUUGGUGGUAAUUGCGAUGAAUGGUCUGAGAUUCCAAGCGUACGAGUUGUUUUUCUUUACGUACUCUUCCCUUUAGUUUUAUUUAUCCCUUCAAUUAUUACUUUACUGGCAUAUUCGGGUAUAAUGUAUAAAAUUUAUAUCAUUACAAGUCAAACCUGGUCACAACAAACUUAUACCAAUUAUCAACGAAAUAGUUCACGUUAUCAAUUGAUGGUUGGCCAUAGGAAAGCAUUAUUUCAAAUGCUUAUACUUCUGACGGUUUAUUCUUUAUCCUAUUUUCCUUUUUACGCCUUCUAUGUUAUUUACAUCGAAUCCAAUCGUCAAAUACUUGCAACAGCCGCUUAUGUCAGCUAUUUAGUAGCAAUUGCUUAUUUAAGCUUUCAUCCCAUUUUAAUCAUGUCCUUUACUGCAAAUCUAAAAGAAGAAUUUGGCAAGCAAUGUCAUCGCCUACUUUUCCCCUGUUCAUCCCACUCAACUAAGAACAAAAUUCAUGUUUCUACAUUUAUGACCAGUACAGCAUAUUAA